AUGGCUGCACCUCCGCCAGCAAACUCAUCAACACAGACAGCGUAUGAUAUGCUCGAGCAAUACAAUUUGACCCGGGGUGUCCUCCCAGAAGGUGUAACUGGGUAUGUCCUUCGCCCAGAUGGCUCCUUCGAGGUGUACCUCCAGGGGGACUGCAACAUCCAUGCUGCCAACAUGCAAAUCAAAUACAGUAGCCGCAUUGCUGGGAACAUCCAGGUUCAGUCGAUCCGUGGUUUGGAGGGAGUAAAGGUGGAGAUGAUGUUGGUAUGGAUUAGCGUCACACAGGUCACUCGCACCGACGACCAGCUCAACUUCUUUGCUGGCCCGAUAUCGAAGUCGUUCCCCAUUGGUAAUUUUGCCAAGAGCCCCAAGUGUGACACCUGA